AUGGGGCAGCUAGCCUAUUUUUCCAAUCGUCGUGCUGCCAGGCUUGAGGCCUCUAUUCCGGUCAUGAUUCUGGCAUCCCUGGAUGAUGUUGUGAUACUAUUGAGUGCUACCAUUUAUGCUAUUACGGCUUGGAUAGCGGUGUGUGAGCAUGGCCAAGGGGCUACCGAGGAGGUGACGACCUUAAAGGCUACUAUUGCUGCACUGAGGAGAGAUGUAGACCAACUGAAGUCCUCUGACAUGUCCAUGAUUUUCGGGACGAUGGAGAUCCCAGAUGUGCCAGUAGAUCCAGCUAUGCCUCCGCCUACCACCUGUGAGGAUGUUCGAGUUGAGGAGGCAGCUAAUACUGAGUCUGAGGAAAAGACAGAUGAGGAGAUGCUUGGGUUUGCUGAGGAAGGGAGGCUUGACAUCAGGGCCUUACUGAGACUAAUGAGGCCAUGGUAG